CCCGCCGCGGGGUGUGGGCCCCGCUGGCCGCGCCGCUCCCUCGGCUGGCGGACCCGCGCCGGCACCCGCUCGGGCUACCGGAUGGCAGCCACCCCCGACAGCCUCUUCCCCUCCGGGGGCGACCUGGACUCCAGCCAGUUGCAAAUGGAGCCGGAUGAAGUGGACACGCUGAGAGAGGGCGAGGACCCCGCUGACCGGAUGCACCCUUUUCUGGCCAUCUAUGACCUGCAGCCUCUGAAAAUGCACCCGCUGGUGUUCGCCCCUGGGGUCCCCAUCACGGCCCAGGUGGUCGGCACUGAAAGAUACACCAGCGGAUCCAAGGUGGGAACCUGCACUCUGUAUUCUGUCCGCCUGACUCAUGGCGCCUUUACCUGGACCACCAAAAAGAAGUUCCGUCAUUUCCAGGAGCUGCAUCGGGACCUUCUGAGACACAAAGUCUUGAUGACGCUGCUCCCUCUGGCGCGCUUUGGCGUGGCCCAUCCUCCUGCCCGGGAGGCAGCAGCCGACCGAGAGAUACCCUCUCUGCCAAGAGUAGGUCCUGAGGGCUCCACCAGACAUGCGUCCAGCAAACAGAAAUACCUGGAGAAUUAUCUCAACCGCCUCCUGACCAUGUCUUUCUACCGCAACUACCAUGCCAUGACAGAAUUCCUAGAAGUCAGUCGGCUGUCCUUUAUCCCAGACCUUGGCUCCAAGGGACUGGAGGGAGUGAUCCGGAAGCGCUCAGGUGGCCACCGAGUUCCUGGCCUCACGUGCUGUGGCCGAGACCAAGUUUGUUAUCGCUGGUCCAAGAGGUGGCUGGUGGUGAAGGACUCCUUUCUGCUGUAUAUGUGCCUCGAGACGGGCAGCAUCUCCUUUGUUCAGCUCUUCGACCCCGGCUUUGAGGUCCAGGUGGGGAAAAGGAGCACAGAGGCGCGCUACGGGGUCAGAAUUGACACCUCCCACAGGUCUCUGAUUCUCAAGUGUGGCAGCUACCGGCAGGCCCGGUGGUGGGGCCAGGAGAUCACGGAGUUGGCCCAGGGCCCGGGCAGAGACUUCAUACAGCUACACCGGCAUGACAGCUAUGCCCCACCCCGGCCUGCGACCUUGGCCCGGUGGUUUGUGAAUGGGGCAGGUUACUUUGCUGCUGUGGCAGAUGCCAUCUUGCAAGCUCAAGAGGAGAUUUUCAUCACAGAUUGGUGGUUGAGUCCUGAGAUUUACCUGAAGCGUCCUGCCCAUUCUGAUGACUGGAGACUGGACAUUAUGCUCAAGAAGAAGGCGGAGGAGGGUGUCCGUGUGUCCGUCCUGCUGUUUAAGGAAGUGGAACUGGCCUUGGGCAUUAACAGUGGCUAUAGCAAGAGGGCUCUGAUGCUGCUCCACCCUAACAUAAAGGUAAUGCGCCACCCGGACCAGGUGACACUGUGGGCCCAUCAUGAAAAGCUCCUGGUCGUGGACCAAGUAGUGGCCUUUGGGGGGCUGGACCUCGCCUACGGCCGCUGGGAUGACCUACACUACCGACUCACUGACCUCGGGGACCCCUCUGAACCUGCUGCCACACAGCCUCCCACCCUGGGCUUGGACUGUCCUGGCACCCCAGACCUCUCGCAAAACCGAUUCUUCUGGCUGGGCAAAGACUACAGCAAUCUUAUCGUUAAAGACUGGGUGCAACUGGAUCGGCCUUUUGAGGAUUUCAUUGACAGGGAGACUACCCCCCGGAUGCCAUGGCGGGACAUUGGGGUGGCUGUCCAUGGUCUCCCUGCCCGGGACCUGGCCCGGCACUUCAUCCAGCGCUGGAACUUCACCAAGACUACCAAGGCCAAGUACAAGAUACCCAUGUAUCCCUACCUGCUGCCCAAAUCCACCAGCACUGCAGACCAGCUCCCCUUCACGCUCCCAGGGGGGCAGUGCGCCACCGUGCAGGUCUUGCGGUCAGUGGACCGCUGGUCAGCGGGGACUUUGGAGAGUUCUAUCCUCAAUGCCUACCUACACACCAUCAGGGAGAGCCAGCACUUUCUGUACAUCGAGAAUCAGUUCUUCAUCAGCUGCUCCGAUGGGCGGACAGUUCUGAACAAAGUGGGCGAUGAGAUUGUGGACAGAAUCCUGAAGGCCCACAAACUGGGGCAGUGUUUUCGUGUCUAUGUGCUUCUGCCGCUGCUGCCCGGGUUUGAAGGUGACAUCACUACAGGUGGUGGGAACUCCAUCCAGGCCAUUCUGCACUUCACUUACAGGACCCUAUGCCGUGGGGAAUAUUCGAUCCUCCAUCGCCUCAAAGCAGCCAUGGGGACAGCGUGGCGGGACUACAUGUCCAUCUGUGGGCUUCGCACACACGGAGAGCUGGGCGGGCACCCAGUCUCGGAGCUUAUCUACAUCCACAGCAAGAUGCUCAUCGCAGAUGACCGGACCGUCAUCAUUGGCUCUGCCAACAUCAAUGAUCGGAGCUUGCUGGGGAAGCGGGACAGUGAACUGGCCGUGCUGAUCGAGGACACAGAGAUGGAGCCUUCUCUCAUGGACGGUGCAGAAUAUCAGGCGGGCAGGUUUGCCUUGAGCUUGCGGAAGCAUUGCUUCAGUGUGAUUCUGGGGGCAGAUGCCCGGCCAGACCUGGAUCUACGAGACCCUGUGUGUGAUGACUUCUUCCAGCUGUGGCAAAACACAGCUGAGAGCAAUGCCAACAUCUAUGAGCAGAUCUUCCGCUGCCUGCCAUCCAAUGCCACCCGCUCCCUGAGGGCACUCCGCGAGUAUGUGGCCGUGGAGUCCCUGGCCACGGUCAGCCCACCUCUGGCCACGUCAGAGCUCACCCAGGUCCAGGGCCACCUGGUGCACUUUCCCCUCAAGUUCCUGGAGGAUGAGUCUUUGCUGCCCCCACUGGGGAGCAAGGAAGGUGUGAUGCCCCUGGAAGUGUGGACAUAGCUGAGGCUCCAGCCGGAGACAACUCACCAGUGGCUGCGCUCCCCCGAGGUGGCUCCCUGCCUCCAACCCUCAGGACUGAGGGCUGUGUCCUUUGACACCCGGGGUGGGCAGGCAGGCCUGAAGGGGACCAGAGAAGUCACAGCAGACCCUCCCUUGAGAAGCAGCCGGAAGAGGACACUCCCUAGCCUGGGCCGGAGAGGCAGGAGAGAGUCCUAGGGAAGUCCAUCCUGCUGCUGCCCCAUUGAAACCAUGGUCCUGGAGGAGAAGCCAACCUCCUGCCCAGGCUGCAUGCCUGGGGAGCCUGUCACUGUAGGGGCAGCAGGCUGGGGCCCGGGCCUCCCCAUCUGUCCCUUCCUCCCCUUCCCUCAAACCCCUCCCUGCCACACCCACAGCUCCAGGGGUAGAGGGAAGCAUGGAGCCUCUCCUGGCUUCAGCCCCAUCCGUGGGGAGGGUGGGGUGGGGCACACACUAACUCCCUGCCCCUCCACCUGACAGAUCACUAGCUUUGUAUCCAUUCGAUAAACAUUUCAGAAAUAAAGGCAUAGAACAGG